GCUUAAGCUAUGUUUUUUUAGCUUGGUUUAAGUGUAAAUUAGCUUGAACUUGGUUGUUGUGACUUUGGAGAAAAUCCCGUGAGAUUAGCUAUGGUUUUGCAAAUUUGGAAGUUGAAGUUACUGUUCACGGUACUGUUCACGGUACUGUUCACGAUUCCUGAUCGUUCUAUCAACACACUGAGAUCGAGUCUUCGGUUUUACGCGAGUGAGGAAGCGAAGUCAAGGACGAGGAAAAACAAGGGGAGUGACGAGGUAGAAGGCUAGCCAUUCUUAUUGAAUAUAAGUUUUAGAUUUUAUUCUUGAGAUUUUGUGAUUUGAAUAAGUUCCGACCCUUGUGCACUUGUGGGACCCGUUUCACGAGUGCAUGGUGUCUGCCAGGUCCUUGGAUUUGGGUUCUGGGGCGUGACAUGAAAUUUCAGCUAAUAAAAUUACUUUUCAGAA